CGUCAGUAAUACUCACCCGUGAGCUGUGGGCAUCACACCCGUUCUUGUCAUGCACCCGCUCUACUGUACUUACACACUUGUCAACCAACCAGCGAGACAAAAAUCACACUUGACGGACAACUGAAUCAUAUUAAGCUGCCCUGCAUCACAAGAUGUGUCCAGGAAAGGAAAUAAGCGAGUGACGCCAGUGACUGACCCCAACACACCCAUCCUCAUUCCUGACCCCCUUCAGUAAUGGAUGCUCCAGGCUCUAGGUCUUCACCCACCACCACCCACAGUCGAGACACAGGGAGACAAGAUGUACACAAACGAGAAUACAACACACCUGAUACACAUGCACACAACUCAACAGGAUUUGAUAAACACAUAAAAAACUCUGAGAGAUGCUGUGAUCAACCUGCGCCUGUUGGUGAAGUAAGAAGAGUUAUACCCUUGAAGGUCACGUCUUCCUCUAAGCAAGAGCAUGCUACCUCCAGGAUGGGCACCUUCGACUGCGAGGGUGACAGAGUGAACAAACAUGGGCGGAGGCACACCGAGAGAUGGGUGAUGGGUGUGAUUGUCGCAGGCAUGAUUGUCUCUGGACUCAUCCUCAUCAUUGUUCUCUACACAAUUCUCACUAUCUCCUCGUUUUCACCUGUCAACUCCAACAGCAGUCACCAGUCAACUGUCACAGUCGAAGUUGAUUCCUCCAAUCACUCCAAGACAUUGGUAGAAAACGAAGGAAAUCUUGGAGAUAUCUUGGACUCUUCUAGCUAUGAUGAUCCCGACCUCCAAGACUAUCAGAGUUAUGUGGCUGAUUAUGUUCGAGGGGCCAUGAAAACAACUGUUGCACCCUGCGAUGACUUCUAUGAGUAUGCCUGCGGAAACUGGGGAGUACAGCAUCCUCCUCCAGGUAACGUCUCAUAUUGGAGCACAGUUGAGGCUAUGACGAUCCAAAUCUGGCACAUAUUGGAGACAGAAAUAAAUAAGUUCAUCAACACACUACACGACAACAAUGACUCGGGUAAACUAAAUCUUGAUCCCUCGUCCGGUACUCCAGUCAGGUCUCCCUUACAUGAUGCGGACUCCUUAAUAAGGGACUUGGUGGUCAAUUACUAUGAAGCUUGUAACAAUGAAUCUCAUCUGACUCAACUAGGUGUUAGCCCCCUCCAAGACAUCCUCCACAAGAUGGAUAAAAAGUAUAGAAGUGUUGCACAACUGCCACCCUUACAAGCCUUCCAGAGAAUGCUGGAACAUGUCCAUUAUGACCUAGGCAUCCAUGCCUUCUUCAGCUGGAAGGUAGAGGUGGACACCAGUACUGCAAAUCUCGUAGUAAUAGAAUUAAUUUCUCCAAAUACAGAUAUGCCACUACAAGGUACUAAGGUGGAGGGUAAUGCCAUCUCUAUAUAUAAAUCGUAUGCUUCCGAUAUUCUGGCAAUGAUUGGUACAUAUGACAAUAAAACUAUAAUGAGUGAGGUCAACACUAUUCUUCACUUCCUGCAAAUUUACCAGACUGUAAGUGGCUCUCUACUAGUCAAUGUCACAAAUACUGAAGAGUUGAAAAAGUUAGCGCCAUUUUUAGACUGGCACAUUUAUUUCAACAAAGGACUCAAUAGGGUGGGUGUGUUUCUCGACAGUGAUGAACGUAUUCUCUCAAUGAUUCAGGAUUACCUAUCUCUUAUAUCCAAAGAAAUAAUGGAAGAAAUUUCGAGUAUGGGGACAGACAGACUGUACGUAUAUCUUCGCUGGCAAGUGAUCCAUUACUAUAGUCAGUACCUGCACAAACCAGUAAGAAAUAUGAUACAGCCAUUAUUUGAUGAAAUAACAGGAGAAAACACUACAGGCUUUGUAAAUUUCCGCCUCAGACAAUGCACGAAGGAGCUGGCAGAGAAGCUUAUCAUACCUUCUUCUUAUCUCUUCCUGGAAACUAUGAAGACAAAAAUUCAUAAAAGUCAAACUGUGAAAGGUAUGAUCAGAAAAGUGGAACAAAUGACCAAAAAUAUCCGUAAUGAAUACAUAAAUUACAUUAACUCUUUCAAGUGGCCAGAGUCAAGUGCUAAGAAUCUGCUGAUUGAUAAAUUGAGAAGAGUGAAUAUAUUAGUGGGUUAUCCACCAGUCCUUGACGAUGUCAUAGAACUUCAUAAAAUAUUUGAAAGCCUUAAUAUCAAAAAGGGCAGUCUCUUAGAGAAUCAAAUACAGUUAUUAACAUUUGAACAGGAUCGUAAGAUGAGGUUCUUGAAGGAACCAGGCAAGUACACGGAGUGGGAGAUAGUGACGCCCUUGUCUGUUAUCAGCUUCUAUGUGUACCGCAUGAACUCUGUAGUUGUACCGCUGGGAGGAUUAACAUACCCACUGUACAGUUCUUAUUUGCCAGAGUUCCUCGCUUAUGCCACAAUGGGUGUGUUCAUUAGUCAUGAGCUGGGACAUGCUGUCGACCUUAUGGGCCGCACGAGGGAUAGUUACGGCAGAGUUAAUACCACCUUGUGGAGCGACUCGAUGGUUCAGGUAUUUAUUGAUAAGGUGGUGUGCCGCAUUAGUGAAUACAGCAAGACUUAUUAUCCAAUCAACAAUAUUCUGACCAUUGCUGAGGUGAUGGCUGAUGGUGGCAGCGUCAUUAAUGCCUUCAGGGCAAUCAAGAGCCGAUUCCGCCAUGCAGAAUUCCCACCACAAAUAAGAGACCUUAUGACGGAGUUGCAUCUCACACCAGAUCAGUUCUUCUUCCUGUCUUAUGCCCAAUUGUUCUGUAUGACGUCAGCCCCUGGUGUGCCACUCAAGGGGGUUAAACAUUAUCCACCACACUCUACGAGAGUUCGGGCCACCCUGACCAACACACCUGAUUUUCACACGGCUUUUGAGUGUCCAAAAAAUACCAAAAUGAACCCCAUUAAAGAAAGUUGUGACAUAUGGUGAUAAUGAACAUUAUACAGUAAUUAUGAAGGGAAAAAAAGAGUACUUGCAAGUUCUGCAACAAACCAAAUAUGUUUCACCAGGUAUCAUGUACUAUGUCUUAGGGAAGCUAAAAUUCUGCUAUGAUGGUUUGAACAGUGAUGGCAUAUACUAAGAUCAACGUUUUGUUCUUAACAGUGACUAAUCCUCUUUCAGGAUACAUAUGCCUGUCACUGAUUAAGUAUUGUAUGCCAAUCACUGAUCAAAUAUUGUAUGCCUAUCAUUGAUCAAGUGUUGUGUGCAUGUCAUUGAUCAAGUGUUAUAUCCGUUAUUAAUGUAGACAUGUAAUCUAGUAUCAUAUCUCUUGUUCAGUGUUAUUCUGUAGUUUCAUGGGCCUCUUUAAGGUAGUAGACUCUCUCAGAAGAAAAACACUUCAGGAACUUUAAAGUUUUUUCCUCGAGGCAGAUAAAGAUGUUAAACUGUAAUAGUACACAUAUGAAAGGUAGACAAUGUUGUAAUUAAUACAGUAUAGGUAUACGAUACUGUAAUGUUAUUAGUAUUUAUGUACUUUUAGUUGCUUGUUUAGUGAACGAUGGUAAAAUAAUGCAGUGUAAACUGUAUCAGUUUGUAAGCAAAAAAGUACAAAAGAGUAAAUACAAGUGAUCGUGGGCACUUCGUGCCCGGUGGCGAGUCCGGUGGUACAGUUUACCAAAGCGUGAAAGUUCAAACGCUGGUGCUUGGCUAGUGCGCAACCGCUGGAAGGCUGGCAGCGAACAGCGACAUCGUUUUCCAGCGUAAAUAAAAUAGUUAAUCAAUGCAAGUGUGUGUGUGUGUGUGUGUGUGUGUGUGUGUUUGUGUCUGUGUGCCAGCAACACUAACAACAAUGGCGUAUUAAGGAGUGACAAACGAAUCGACGACGCAAUAGUUUAAGAAGGGAGGGAGUGAGGAGGGGGGGGGGGGAUAUUAAGCCAAAUGACACUUGUAACUACCCAAUUAGAUGAAGGCGCCAGGAACCAAACCAAGACAAUACCAACAAAGGAGUUGUGUGUGUGUUUUAAGUGAGUACAACCCCUUCCAUAUAUACUGCUAAUGAAUAUGAUGCAUAUCUUGUGUACGAAACUCUGUCCUGCAUGGCAGUGAACAUUACCCACAUGAAUCUGACCUAUAUAUACUGUGAAUGAAUAUAAUGUAUUUCUUUGUAUACGAACCUCUGUCGUGCAUGGCAGUGAACAGUGACAUCACCCACAUGUCUGUGUAUGAACCCCUGUGCUGCGUGGCAGUGAGAAGUGAUACCACCCUCAGUGUCAAAACCUGACUAAAUUACUCAA